CAGAAGCGGUGGAACCGUCCCCUCCCGGGGCGGUGGUGGCGGCGACAGCGUCUGCCCGGCCCGGGGAGAGGAGCCGGCGCCGGUGGGGUUGGCCCUGGCGCCCCCGGGCCGGAGCCAGGCCAUGGAGAGCAGCAUGGAUUUCCAGGCGGCUGCGCCCACCCCCCCCGGUGCCGGCGGUGACGAGGCCCCGGAGCCGCCGGCCAUGGACACGGAGGAAGGGCCCGCGGUGCGGCCUGACGCCCCUGCGCCCCGGGUGGGUGUCGGGCAGCAGGAGGAGCCUCGCCUCGUCACACUGAGCCCUAACUGCGGCUCCGGGCGGGACCUGCCCGCCCCCGAGGGCCAGCGGAGGGCUCUGGGGCCCGGCUCGGGCCCUGCUUCAGCCUCGGAGCCCGGAGGGGGUGCGGGUGGACGAGACGAGCUCUGCCGGGAUUUGGGCAGAGAGACAGACGACGAGGCGGGGGCUGCAGGGCCACGGGACUCUGCUGGCUGGAAACCCAGUGCCAGAAGCACCUCUCGAGGCACAGGACACCCCCGAGACCCCAGCAGUGGCGACCUGACGGGCAUGGAGCUGGAUGAGGAUGCAGAGGAUGAACCCUCGGAGCUCCAGGGCCUGCUGGCCCAGCUCCAGACCCUUGACUCCAACCUCUCUGACCACUCACCUGCUUCAGAGCAGGGCCCGCUGCCCUCCACGAGUGCUGGCACAGCCCCUUUGCCGGCCCUACAGCAGGCCCAGCAGAGCUAUGGGCAGUGCCAGGGCAAGUGCCGGCCCUGCCCGCUGCAUGUGGCCACAGGCCAGGGCUUAGAGACACGGCCCUGCUGUGCCCAGCACUCGGCUUGCUCCCGGCCCUGCCAUGGCCUGCUCUUUGCCGAAGCCGACCGGGAGGACUUGCUGAGCCUCCUGUGCUACGAGGGGGGGCUGCCCGAGGCCAGCACUGAGACGCCCUUGGCACGGUCUGAUAUCCUGGCCGGGACCAACCUGGAGAUGCUGCAGGCUCAGGAAGAACCAGCUGCUGUGGAGACACCUGAAGUGCUGGAGAGGCCAGAGAGCUCAGAGAAGGGAUCUUCCAGUGCCUUGUAUUGUCGAGAGGGGCUCUGCGAGGUCGACUCCACCUGCGAGGGCCAUCGGGAUGCUUCCCCAGAGCCGGAUUGGGUGACCCUGCCCCCCACUCCAGCCCCAGAGGCAGAGCAGCCACCCCAAGGCAGCGUGACUAACAGGGAACCCCUGUCCUCCUGCUCGGCCUUCAAAGAGGUUCCAGGCCCUUGCGACCCGGAGGAUCUGCUGGACGGUGUGAUUUUUGGGGCAAAGUACCUGGGCUCCACACAGCUGGUCUCGGAGAGGAACCCCCCGACCAGUGUCCGCAUGGCGCAGGCGCAGGAGGCGGUGGACAGGAUCAAGGCACCGGAGGGGGAGUCCCAGCCCAUGACGGAGGUGGAUCUGUUUGUCUCCACGCAAAGGAUCAAGGUGCUCACGGCUGACACGCAGGAGGCCAUGAUGGAUCACUCCCUUCAGACCAUCUCCUACAUCGCCGACAUCGGCUCCCUCGUGGUGCUCAUGGCGCGCCGGAAGCUGCCGCAGCGCUCGGAGGUGGCAGAGGAGAAGCGGCUCUACAAGAUGAUCUGCCACGUCUUCCACUCGGCCGACGCCCAGGUUAUCGCUCAGGCCAUCGGGCAGGCGUUCGGGGUGGCCUACCAGCGCUUCCUGGAGGCCAACAGCAUCGACCCCAGUGAGCUGAGCCCUCGCCAGUACAGCCGUGCCCUCGAGGACCAGGAGCAAUACAACGCAGAGCUGACCCACUUCUCCCGGCAGGAGAACUGCAAGGACGUCUUCAUCCGGAAGCAGAAGGGGGAGAUCCUGGGCAUCGCCAUCGUGGAGUCAGGCUGGGGCUCCAUCCUGCCCACCGUGGUCAUCGCCAACCUGAUGCACGGUGGCCCCGCGGAGAGGUCAGGCGAGCUGAGCAUCGGGGACCGCCUCAUGUCCGUCAACGGGACCAGCCUGGUGGGGCUGCCCCUCACCUCCUGCCAGAGCAUCAUCCGGGAGCUGAAGCACCAGACAGAGGUGACGCUGAACAUCGUGCACUGUCCCCCUGUCACUACAGCUGUCAUCCGCCGCCCCGACUCCAAGUACCAGCUGGGUUUCUGUGUGGAGAAUGGCGUGAUCUGCAGCCUGAUGCGUGGGGGCAUCGCGGAGAGAGGCGGCAUCCGCGUGGGGCACCGCAUCAUCGAGAUCAACGGGCAGAGCGUGGUGGCAACACCUCACGAGAAGAUCAUCCAGAUCCUGACGCAGGCGGUCAGCGAGGUCCACAUCAAGACCAUGCCGGCCUCCACGUACCGCCUACUCACUGGGCAGGAGCAGCCCAUCUUCCUCUGAGCUGCAGCUGGACCUGGCUGUCACUGGGGUGCCUGGGGGCCAGCAGGAGUGACCCCAGGGCCACCAGCCCUCAUCGCAGCCCUCUGGUCCCCAGCAGGGCCUAAUCCUGCACCUCUUCUGUUUUACUCAGGACACAGUGGGAGACUCUGGGGAUCUGAUACCCACCUUGAGCAGUGUCAGGGCCUGUGGUGCCACGGUUUGGGUACCUCCUCCCCCUCCACUCGCCCCUCCCUGCCUCACAGUGCGUGCACGGUGCCUGUCCUGUCGCUCCACAGGCUCCCUCGCCUUGGCCUGGUGCUGGCAGGAGGAGAGGGGACCCUGCCUGGAAGGUCACCCCAUCCAGUCACCACAGAUAGUGCUUUUACACUCACCAACGGUGCCUUUCCCCAUGUGGGGAUGGUGCUGGAAGCACGGCUCGCCCCAGCACAGCCCCAGAGGAGCACUGACACUGCACCCCAGUGUGUGGGUGCACAAUGGCACCCCUGAGGGAGAGCCAGCAGCUCCCAGUCUCAGCCUUACGGGCAGCAGCACCCCUAAGACCUGCUUCUACUCCUCCCUGGCUCUGUUGGGGGUGCAAACAACCUCCCUCUUAGACCUGUUGCACCGAGCUGGGAAACUACCUCUGCUUUUCCCUCCCGCUGCCUUUAACUGCUCCACACGCACAGCCCGGCCCCAGCACAACGGGCCCCUGGGUCACAGCCCUCGGGGCUGUCCCUGGGCACAGCAAAAGGGAACAGGGCACUGCCCAGUCCCACGUCCAGGAGAGCAGGGUGUUGUGAGCCCCAAGGAGCAGCCCCUGGUGAUACCCUCUCAUGAGUGGGUCUCUGGCCCCCAGCAGCUGAGGCAGCGCUGACCUGACUUGGCCUGUGUGUUUGGUUGAUGUAAAAAUAAAAAGUUUAAGGGAACGCGG